UAUGGGAAAAAUGACAUUAAAAAAAUGGCGUCAGCCGAAAUCCGGUGUUUAUUUUUAUUAGUUUCUUUAUUCUUUAUUUUAUGGUGAAAUGGUCAAAUGUAAUUAUAUUAAGUAUUUAAUAAAUGUGUAUAACUAUUAAUCUGAAGGCUGCUGUUACCAUGGCUAAGGAUCCAUUAGGUAGUGGUUCUGAGAAAAAUGAAUCUUCAUCUGAAGAUGAGUGUUUGUUGGAUUUAAAAAGAAAAUACAAUCUUGCAAAGGACAUUAAAAUAGAACAGAAAUGUGAUAUUGAUAGUGAUGAUGGAGGGAUACUUCCUGAAGUCCUGGUUAAGGUUGAAGUAGAGGAAGUUGAUGGCGAUCAACCCUUGGAUUAUACGAUUAAAGAUGAUGAGUCUCCUUCUAAGAAGAAGAAAAAGAGGAAGUGUGUGGGGAGGCAGAGGUCAUAUCCCUGUCCAUCAUGUGAUAAAGUAUUCAAUAAAGCUCCAGACCUGAGGGAACAUUCCAUUGUUCAUCAGGUUAAGACCAGGCACAAAUGUGAGCACUGUGGCCGAUAUUUUAACAAAGCUUUUAGUCUAAGGAUGCAUAUGCGUGUGCAUAUUGGAAGGGAGCUCAAAUGUCCACUGUGUGAUCUCACUUUUACAUUAAGGAUCAAUUUGGGUCGUCACCUAAUGUCGCACGAGCGUACAGAGGCAUGCAGUCAAUGUCCUGCGAAAUAUCACACCAAAAAGGAAUUGGACGAUCAUGUCAAAAGUCACAUGGAGAGCCCACCUGAAAACAAAUCAAAUUCAAAAGCAAAAGCUGAUGGUACCAAAGUGAAGAUCAAGACAGAAGCAGAAUCUGAAGAUCAUAGCGAAGACUUGAACAGCAGCACAGAACCCGAACCGCCAGUUCCGCUAAUCAAACACGAUGGCUUCAUCAAGCGUGAACACUUAAGUCAUUCCACUCAAUGUGCUAUAGUUAGUAAAAUGCAUAAAGGAAGAUCAAUUGCUGAUAUCUGUCGACUCUACAACCUCACUCCUGAAGUGGUUAAUGAAAUUUGGGAGGAUCGCGAAAAGUAUAUAUUGCCUAAAAAGGCGGGCAAAAGAUCCACAAAAUACAUGAAUAAAAUAUUGGACGCAAGAAUAGUUGAAUGGUUUCAUAACCAAAGAAGUCAAAAUAUACAAGUCUCGGGCAAAAUGCUGCAAGAUAUUGCUGAAGCAUUUGCCAAGGACUGUGGUUUUGUUGCAUUCAACGGUAGCAAGAAGUGGUUGGAUAGGUUUAAGAAGAGAUACAGCAUAUGUUUGAGAGGAACCCCAUCGAAACGUGAUUAUCAUAAUUUAUCAAUAGAGUCCAAGUGGAAAAAGCAGUUCUUCAAAGAGAACUGGUGUGAUGUACGCUUCGGUAUACCUGAUGAGGAUAUCUAUACUGCUGAUGAGGUAGGUCUGUAUUAUAAUCCCUCUAAGGGUCGAAUCAAGAAGUUAGGUGGUAAGAAAUUUAUCCAGGGUUAUGCAAAAGAUCGUCUCUCUAUAUUCGUAUGCACGAAUUCCACGGGUCUCGAUAAAAAGAAGCUAUUCGUGUGCGGUAUAGAAGAUCCCUUGCUACAUUCACAUAGAGACCCUGAUACACUGCCAGUUACAUACAUAAGGCAUUGUCAAGCACAUUUCACUACAUCAAUGUUUGAGGAGUACGUGAAAUAUUGGAAUAGGGAGUUACAAGUAUUAAAUAAGAAAGCCGUGUUAAUAUUAGAUCGUGCUACUAUACAUUCUAAGUUACAAUUAUCUCAUUUGAAACUAGUCUUUGUCCCUUGGAAAGCUUCGACGGGACUGAUGCCUAUUAGGAAUGGCAUAUUUAUACGUUUUAGGGACGAAUUCCGUAGGUUGCUUAUAGAGGAAAAGGCAAUGAACUCUUUAAGAGGUAUUGAUAGGAACCUCACUUGUUUGGAAGCGUUGCAUAUGGUUCAAAAAGCAUGGGACCGGACGCCUCCCGAAAUAAUUACUAAAGCAUUUCUUGAUACUGGUUACGACGUUAAAAAGGUAGAUACCCCUUUUGUUGAUAUACCAAGAAUAUAUGAAAAUGACGAAGAAAUAAUGUGUAAUUUGUUAAAAGACUACGACAUCGAAUCUUACUUCACUGAUCUCUCAAAUUUAGAUAUGUAUUUGACGGUAGACGAAGAAUUAUUGACGGGGCAGGGCACUAAUGGGUCCGUGUUUGGCGGGAACCAUAAAGUAACUGAGCCCGUAGCGUGUGCUGACAAAGACAAAGAAGAAAUACUACCUCUGGCAACUGAGAAACCUGAAUCCGACGAGAAAGAGGUUAUUGUUAAGAAAACAAGGGCGUUAGAGGACUUAGAAAUAGUGCGAAGGUUUUUGCUGUCAAAUAAUACAAGUUAUGAGACAUAUUGUUCGUUCAUGGAAAUAGAGAAAUGUGUAAUGAGAAGCCCUAUCAAUUAUAAAGUUGUUAAUUAGUGUGUUUAUGUUGAUUAUUUUUAAAGCUUUUAUAAUAUUGGAAUUAAAAUUAUUGUUAAGAGCGUAUAUGCCGUAAGACUGGUAAGGUCUGUGUUACUUGUAGAAUUUUAAAUGUAAUCAAAUAGUAAAUUUAUUAUUUAUUUAACUAGUUAUUUUAUAACGCUUUAACAUUUUGAAAAAGUUCAUUUCGUUUAACACUUAUAUACUGAUACAAUCCUAGAAUUUAGUGGCAAAAAUUUUUUAAAGCAAAUUAUGCAAUAAUUGUUUAUAUAAAAUAUUAUAUAUAUAUAUAUAUUGUUAUUAAACAAUUUAUUUUAUUUACUUUUAAAAUACUACUAAUAUUUAACAUUUCUAUAAAUAAUAAGUGCUGGCUGCAUCACAUGAUAAAGUUUAGCCAAUUUGGCACUUGUUUUUGAUUUUUAUUAUGACAUUCAUCUUUAAUUCGAUUAUGGAUUUCAGUGGAAGAAAAAAAUAAUUUUGACAGGACAACAUUUCUUAUGACAGCUAAUUUUAAAUAAUGUUUUUAAAAUUUAAAAGUGCCAGAUUUUGUUUAAAAUUUGCACAGGCAAUACUGAAAUUACAAGCCUUAUGGUAUAUGUCGUCUUGAAUAGACAAUUUAAGACUAGUUAUUAGUCGGUAAAAGAAGUAAAUGAGAAGGGGGCUAUUUGGUUUAUGGUAAAUGUCUAGAUUGAUCUAGUUUUUAUAUUAUUACAACCAAAUAUAAAAAAAAAAAUGUUUUUAUAUUCGUUUUACGAUUUCUAUAGGAAAAUCAUGUUCUAUAUUUAAGUAGAAGAAAAAAGUAUGUUGUAAAUAUUAUAAUAUGAAUUGUAUAUAAGUACAUUUGUUUCCAUCAAAUGCCUAUCUUGUUGUUGUGAUUGUGGUGUCGUUCGCACAUCUGCAAGGGCUGUAAUAAGGGGCAAUGUCGGGACUGUGACUUGAAACUUCAGAUAUUUUCACUGCUGGAGAAUUUUGAAGGAUACUAGAAAAUGCAGAGGAAAUUAAAGAGGUGUGCUUGACAGACACUUUUAAUCUAUAUCUAAAAUUUACAAUUUUUAAUACAUUUAGAAUGGCAUUUCAUUGCAGAAUCUGUCCCACGGUCUUGUGACCGCGGUUUGUUCAUGUUUCUUUGGUUCAGUUUCAUAAACAUCAACAUUGUAUUUUAUAUUUUAUGAAAUUGUUACUUUUACACUUAAUCAGGGUCGUAGCUAGAUCUAAGUUUGAAGUAAGGCAAACAAACUUUUUGGUAGGGCAGAAGCCAUUCAUUUUAAGGUACAGCAUUGUGCCGUUUAAGGCAUUGCUCCUUAAUGCCCUUGUCCCUAGUUACGACCAUGCGCUUAGUAUAUAGUUGUGAGUGUCCCGGCAUAGAAUAGAGCAUCCCUUCUUUUCCCGUGGGUGCCGUUACGACACCCACACUUAUGGUCGUGGAAUGGGCAGUAGCAUUACUACAUAGUUGCCAACCCGACAGCCAAGCGUGGUAAAUACCCCCUAGCUACUCCCCCCCCCCCUCCCCAUAGAAGGAGGAUUAUGUUCAGCAGUGGAAUUCAGCGGCUGAAUUUAUGAUGAUAUAGUUGUACUCAUAUUUAUGCCCUCGCCCCUGAGUACUUGUCUGUUUUAAAUAGAUAAUUUUGUCUUUGCUACUUGGUAUUUUUCUGUGAUUGGUGCGAUCGGCACAAGUUAAUGUUUUUUAUUACGUCACUAUGUUAGAGGCAAAUAGAUUGUAAAAUGGAUUAUUAUAACGAAAAUAUAUAAUUUAAACUAUAA